AUGAAUUCAGAAUCAACGACACCAAAUCAAUCACCAAAGCUUUCGAAAUUACUAACCAACAUAUCUUUUUCUAAUAAUAACACUCAGAAUAAAAAUGUUAUAAAUGAUAUAUUCUUUUCAUUUACAAAAGUUGAUUAUGAUCAAGAAAAUUUAAAGAAAAACAGUAAAUCAUUUGAAGAAAAUCUAAAUAACUGUAUAGUUAAUGCCAAGAAAAAUAUGGAAUCUAAAAGGCAACUUUGGCAAAAUGCUAUAACAAGUAAUAAAGGAAUUAUCGUGUUGAAGAAAAGAACUGAGAAAGUAGAAGAAGAUAUUAAGCAACAACGUGAAGCUAUUGAGGUCAAACGAGCAUUAUUAGAAACUCAACUCUCGCGAAACUUACCUGAAUUAGGCAUUUUUACUAAUAAAUUGGCAUUAACAAUGGAAAGUGUACGAGACGAUGUGAUAAAUUUUAUAUUCACGUGUAUUUAUGAAAACAAUUCGUCUCGAUCAUGUUACUUUACAAUUGACGUUGGAGAAACAGAGUAUAAGGUCAUAGAAUGUAAUCCUAUGGUCGAAGAAUUAGACAAACUGGUUUCACAAUUAAAUACUAGUCGUGAUUUCUUUUCAUUCUUAAAGAAAAUGAGACAGGGAUUUCGUAAACAUGCAAAUGCAGAUAUAUAA